AUGAGACGUUCACCACUACUGUCAGGAGAGGUUGAGAGUCGAACAGAAGUGAUGAGAAGGAAGCUAAGAAACAGAAAGGGGGGGCCACGCUGGGAUAGUCCCAGGCGCGUGACAAUGUACAUCCCUAAGUCAGCCGCGGGUGAAAUCGCCGGCGCGCCUAAGUCCCCACCGCAAGGGGGCGGGCUAGCGGGCGCGCGCAUGAAUCCGCCGGCGCUGGCGCGCUGAGGCAGUCGCGCGCGUCUAAGUCCCCACCGCCGGGGGCGGGCUAGCAAGUGCGCGCAACGACCGAGGCGCCCCUGUCGAGCUGAGAGUGGACUCUUCACACCGCCAACGGCUUGCACGUGCACCAGGCGGACAUCGACAAAGCCUAUCUGCAUGGCGACCUUGACCAUGACAUCUGGAUGACGACACCGCGCGGCUUCGACCUUCCCACCGACAAGGUGCUUCGUCUGCGACGCUCCAUCUACGGACUCAAACAGGCUGGCCGAAUCUGGAAUCGACACAUCGACGCAUCGCUUCGAGAUCUCGGCUAUACGGCGACGGGCACCGACCACUGCGUGUACUCUCGGAUCGACGAUCGGCGACGCCCACACUACAUCGCGCUGUACGUCGACGACCUCCUGAUGAUCAGCCCCGACUUGGCCGAAAUUGAACGUGUCAUCUCGGGCCUCGAACAACGCUACGGCGUCAAGCGCCUCGGCCCGGCAGAGUACAUCCUCGGCAUCCAGAUCAGGCGACUCGAAGACGGUUCUAUUGCCCUGUCCCAGGAACGGUACAUCAUGGACGUGCUUGCUCGGUUCCACUUCGACACCACGACUCGCGGCACUACAGUCCCGAUGACCCCCGGCCUUUCGCUCACCGCCAUCCCGGGUCAAGGCACCGAACGGAUCAGGUCAUGGUAUCUGCAGGCUAUCGGCUCGCUCCUCUACAUUUCGCUCGGCACCCGCCCCGACAUCGCCUUCGCCGUGUCCUACCUGGCCCGCUUCGCCAACAACCCUGGACGUCGUCACUGGAUCGCGGUCAAGCACAUCCUCCGCUAUCUCCGGGCCACAUAUCGCGACGAACUGGUUUAUGCUUGCGGCGAGACACGCAUCACGGGCGUGGUUGGCUACUCCGACGCGAACUGGGGGGCCUGCGUCGAUACGUCGGUGUCCACUAUGGGCUACGUCUUCUACAUUGCCGGAUCCGCCGUGUCUUGGUCGUCCAAGCGUCAAUCUCGAGUUGCCGAUUCUACCACCGACGCUGAAUACCUCGCCCUCUCGCAUGCUGGCAAGGAAGGGAUCUACCUCAGUCAGCUGCUCGAGGAGCUCCAUGUCCAACCUGUUGCACCGGCUCACAUUUUUACUGACAAUGAAGCCGCUGCCGCAGUUGCCCACGACCCUGUCCGCGUCUCCUGGCAGGCAACGUCCUCUUCAGAAGACGUUGACUACACGCGGAGGAGGGGAUCAGGCCGAAGGAAGGUCGACUGGGCGGGGGCAGGCGACCGAGGGACAACCGAGGAGGGGACGCGGUUGUGA